AUGCAACAUCAAGCGCUUUUGAUUCGCUCAGAUGAGGAACAAAUCUUCGCUUUUUAUCACUACAACCCUAGCAUGGGCGGUGCUGUCCUUUUUACCCUCCUUUUUAUGGGCACCACCUUCUACCACAUCUUCCAGUUAUUUAAAACUCGGACUUGGUUUUUCGUUCCAUUCGUGAUAGGAGGCCUCUUUGAGAUUGUUGGAUAUAUCGGGCGGGCCGCGUCAAGCAAACAGAGUCCAGAUUGGACGCUAGGCCCGUACAUAGUGCAGACGCUAUGUCUGCUCCUCGCCCCGGCUCUCUUGGCAGCCUCAAUUUACAUGCUACUCGGGCGGAUCAUUCUGGUGCUACAGGCGGAAUCGCAUGCGAUUCUGAAAAAGAAGUGGCUUACCAAGAUUUUUGUUACUGGUGAUGUGAUAUCGUUUGUAUUACAAGGUGCUGGUGGCGGCAUUCAGAGUAGCGGAAGUCUUGACGGCAUGAAAACUGGCGAGCGCAUUAUCAUUGUUGGCCUUUUUGUCCAAAUCAUAUUCUUUGGCUUUUUCAUCGUCGUCUCUGUUCUGUUCGACCUCAAGCUGCGCAAAUACCCUAUCCCACGCUGCUUCUCUGGAGAGGUUCAAUGGCGCAAACAUCUCAACAUUCUAUAUGCAACCAGCCUUUUGAUCCUUGUCCGUUCAGCAUUUCGACUUGUGGAAUACAUACAGGGUAAUCAGGGUUACCUUUUGCAUCAUGAGGUUUACUUGUAUGUCUUUGAUUCACUGCUCAUCUUCAUUGCGAUGGUUGUUUUCAAUGUCGCUCAUCCACAUGAGAUCACUCGCCAGUUGGAUAUCGUUUCGGAUUAUGAAUUGACUCGCAACCCGGGAGAGCAGAUUGUCAAACCAUACGGAGUUUAA